AUGGUAGACCAACCAACGAAAUCCCUUCUGGAGUACGGUAUUCCUGAUACGACUACCGGAAUCCUUUCUAGCAUCGUAAGACCACCUGUGACGGCUCAGCACUUCGAGCUCAAGCCGCAAUUCAUCCAGUUCAUCUCCAAUGAUUCAUUUGCAGGGCUAUCACAUGAUUGCCCAGUAAGUCAUAUUGAUAGCUUUUUGGAGAAAUGUGAUACCAUGAAGAUGAAUGGUGUUACAGACGAUGCUCUUAGACUUCGCCUUUUUCCUUUUUCAUUACGGGAUAGGGCGAAGGAAUGGCUGAGAGAUGAAGGUUCUGGCUCAUUUGACACAUGGGACAAAUUGGUGAAGGCUUUCCUAGUCAAGUUCUUGGGACAGGAAAAGACUGCAAAGGUUGAGAAACGAGUUAUCCACUUUCAGGCAGCACUAACAAGCAGGUUUGAUAAGUUCCAAGCUGGAACCUCUACUAGCCCACAGGAGUUGUGUCAAUUGUGUAAUGUGCAGGGUCAUAUUGCACCAGAUUGCCCGCAGAUUUCGCAGAAUACAGAGGAGAUGUCAAUCGAGCAGGCCAAUGCUUUCUACUCCUCUAACCCCAAAAGGCCCUAUGACCCCUAUUCCAACACCUAUAAUGAAGGAUGGAAACACCAUCCUAACUUUUCAUACAAUAAUACCCAAGCACAGCAAAAUCCACCUCAACCCAACAACUACAACCAACCACCACCCGGUUUCCAACAAAGACCACCCAGCACCCAACAACCAAUGCAACCACAACCUCAGAAAUCUAGCCUUGAGGUGACGAACUUUUCCGGGCCAGACAGAACAACCUCAAAAAGGCCAAAUGAAUGUUGUUACCCUGAGGAGUGGAAAGCAAUUGGAAGAUCCUCUACCAAGGAGCCAUCAAAGGAGGUCAUUGAAGAAGCAGGUGCAAGUGAGAAGGAAGUUGACAACUCUAAGGUCGAGGAUGAAUCAAAGGAAGCACCACCAAAUCCACUUGCUCCGUAUGUGCCCAAGGUUCCUUUUCCUCAAAGGUUAGCCCAAGCUAAACUUGAGAAAAAGUUCAGUAAGUUUCUUGAUAUUCUUAAAAAGCUUCAUAUUAAUAUUCCAUUUUUAGAUGCCAUAUCUGAGAUGCCUUCUUAUGCAAAAUUCUUAAAAGAUAUGCUACCUAACAAGAAAAAGUUAGAAGAUAAUACUACAGUUGCUUUGAAUGCAGAGUGCAGUGCUAUUUUGCAGAACACUCUCCCUAAGAAAUUAGGAGAUCCAGGUAGCUAUUCGAUUCCAGUGAAGCUUGGAGAUAUCGAAAUUAACAGGGCAUUGUGUGAUCUAGGUGCAAGUGUAAGCCUCAUGCCACUGUCCAUAUGCAAGAAGCUGCAAAUGCGUGAGCUCAAACCCACACGCAUAUCCCUGCAACUUGCAGACAGGUCAGUGAAGUUUCCUUUGGGUGUACUUGAGGAUGUACCUCUUCGCGUAGGUAAGUUUUUCAUACCCUGUGAUUUUGUUGUGAUGGAGAUGGAUGAAAAUGUGAAUGUUCCAAUUAUACUUGGUAGACCUUUCUUAGCUACUGCAGGUGCAAUUAUUGAUAUGAAGAAAGGUAAGAUUACUUUUGAAGUAGGUGAUGAGAAAUUGGAAUACUCACUUUUGAAUGUCAUGGGUGCUCCUUCUAUGGGAGACACUAUUUGUCAGGUUGAUGUGCUUGAUGAGCUGCAGAAUGAGCAACUUCCCUUGAAUCAGAAUGAUGAUGCUCUUGAACAAGUGCUAUUAGGGAAGGAAGAUGAUGAUGGAAAUUGGGAGUCAAGAGAGUAUGUCAGGCUGUUUGAAGAAGCAAAGGCCGAUCUGAACAUGAAUCCAAUCAGAGAGACAUUGAGUGUAAUGAGUAUUGGGGAGAGUUCUAAGCCUCCCGAGGUAGAGUUGAAACCCCUCCCCUCUAACUUAAAGUAUGCAUAUCUUGGUCCAAACAAUUCAUAUCCUGUUAUUGUUAAUGCUGAACUCAAGGACACAGAAUUGGAGCAAUUGCUCAAUGUUCUGAAAACAUAUAAAAGUGUUAUUGGGAUGCCAUUUGGACUAUGUAAUGCCCCUGCCACUUUUCAGAGAUGUAUGAUGGCAAAAUUCUCAAGACUCAUAGAAAACUCUAUGGAAGUCUUUAUGGAUGACUUCUCCGUCUAUGGAACAACCUUCGAUGUAUGCCUUGCAAAUUUGAAGAAGGUGCUCCAAAGAUGUAAAGAGGUCAAUUUAAUCUUAAACUGGGAAAAAUGCCAUUUUAUGGUACAACAAGGUAUUGUUUUAGGCCAUGUUGUAUCCAAUAAGGGUAUUGAAGUAGACAGAGCUAAAAUAGAGGUCAUAGACCGCUUACCACCACCAAACUCUGUAAAAGGAGUUCAAAGUUUCCUUGGACAUGCAGGUUUUUAUCGUCGUUUUAUCAAGGAUUUUUCGAAAAUUGCUCGACCUCUAACUGAGCUCUUGGCCAAGGAUGUACCUUUUUUUUUUUCUGAUGCUUGUCUUAAGGCUUUUAACAGGUUAAAGGAAGCCUUGAUAUCUGCUCCUGUCAUGCAAACCCCAGAUUGGAGUCUGCCGUUCGAAAUCAUGUGCGAUGCUAGUGAUUAUGCGGUAGGAGCCGUGUUGGGGCAAAGGAAGGAGAAGAAGCUUCAUGCAAUAUACUAUGCUAGCAAAACUUUGAGUUCUGCUCAAAUGAAUUAUGCCACGACAGAAAAAGAAAUGCUAGCAGUAAUAUAUGCAAUUGACAAGUUUCACUCUUAUUUGGUAGGUUCUAAGGUCAUCAUUCAUACAGAUCAUGCAGCAUUGAGAUACUUGAUGACCAAAACCCAUGCCAAGCCUAGGUUGAUUCGAUGGAUUCUUCAACUACAGGAUUAUGACAUCGAAAUCAAGGAUACCAAGGGAACGGAGAAUGUUGUUGCAGACCAUCUUUCCCGUCUUAUCCUUGACCCUGAGAAUGGAGAUGAAGUUCCUUUUGAUGAUUCUUUUCCUGCAGAGCACUUAUUAGUUUUAUUACAGACUGAAUCACCUUGGUUUGCUGACUUGGCUAAUUUCCUCUCUACAGGCCCCUCGAAGACAAUUGCAAAGAUCUUGCAAUGCGGAUUUUAUUGGCCUACUAUGUUCAAGGAUACAUAUGCCUAUGUCACGGCUUGCGAUAGAUGUCAACGGACGGGCACAAUUUCUAAGAAGAACGAGAUGCCACUUAACAACAUACUCGAGGUCGAGUUGUUUGAUGUGUGGGGGAUAGAUUUCAUGGGUCCGUUUCCCUCUUCCUAUGGCAACAAUUAUAUCUUGCUAGCCGUUGAUUAUGUCUCAAAGUGGGUGGAAGCAAUUGCUACUCCAACCAACGAUGCUCGUGUGGUAAGUAAGUUUUUCAAGAAAGUUAUUUUCCCUCGUUUUGGUUUACCACGUGUGUUGAUUAGUGACAGGGGAACACAUUUUCUGGAGCAUCGAUUUGAGGCGAUGUUGAAGAAAUAUGGAGUGCAACAUAAGCUUGGAAUUGGCUACCACCCACAGACUAGUGGCCAAGUUGAAGUGUCAAAUUGA